AUUACUGAACCGCCCCCCGCUAAUGUUUGUAUAGACCCGAUAUCUCCCAGAACAGUUCCGCCCGUUCGUUAUGGACCCCAUCAGAAGCGUCUACAUCACCAUGGACGAUCAGGAUAUCAUACAGCAGAACGAGUCCCUAGAAAGGGAGAACGAGGAACUGAAAGCGCAAAUCCGGGAGCUCGAAGGGGAAGAGGCGGAGGCGGAGGAGGCGGAGGAGGCGGAUAUGCAAUUCACUCCCCCCUCGCCUUCGAACAUGGUCAUGUAUGUUACGAACACCGGGAAUGCAACAGGGGCCUUUUUCAGGCCGGCAAUACGCGUUUCUCCUCCGUAUCCCCCAGCUUAUCGUGUUAGAUCGGCCCAUUCAUAUACCCCGGUGGUACCCAAUAGGCCGUCUCUGGGUCAGACCGUCCUCGGAACGCCCACCUCUACACGGCAGCUCCCUUCAGCUCCUCCAGCAGGUCUGGGUGGGUUUUCUACGCGAGCCACGGAUCACAACACUUCUACGUCUGCCUUUACAAAUCCCUUUGCCAGGCCAACAGCAGCACAAACUUCUGCCCCAUCCACUUUGGGUCCACCGGGCCCGGUUCAGAGACCAGAAACACAGUGGAUCGUCCCUCCGAAUCAUGUUCCGAAUCAAUCUCAGGCUGCCCCAGCGGCCGACAACUUUCUCAACGUCACUAGAACGAUCACCUUUUCUAGGCGAGAGUCACGGCAUUUCGUAGCUCCUCCUGCUCCUGAUCCGGGUUCACCUUCCCCGGCAUAUACGACGGUUGAUGUACCAGCGUCUUCUUCGGCAAGCGGAGCUGAAAACCGACGGCCUUCGCAGUCCUCUUGAUAUCUGGGUUUGCUGGCUACUUGGUAUACACGAAUUGCCCUUCGUACGUACAUCCAAGUUGAACAAUAGAUAGUAUGGUUUUCCUUUCGUGUCAUACGCUGUUAGGCUUUGACUUCCAGAUGAAGAUACGAGAGAAAUCUUCAUUAGGAACGAAAUAUCUCAAUGUCCUGUAUACAGGAGAAGCU